UCAUCAUCAUCAUCAUCAUCAUCAUCAUCAUCAUCAUUGAACAUGCGCUGGCUUCAUCAGAGUCGAGGUUCUCCCAGACUUGUUCUGGUGGUCGUGUGUGUCGCUCUGCUGCUCGACAACAUGCUGCUCACUGUGGUCGUUCCGAUCGUCCCGACGUUCCUUUACGCCAUGGAGCAUCCUGACCCGGAGCUCCACACCACUCAGCCCAGCCUCGGUCCUGGAUCACCUCCCUCCACCUCCUCUCCUCUGUUGUCCCUGUUUGGUAACUCCACCCCCCCAACCCCGACCCCGACCCCCCAGCCCGGAGCCACAGAGCUGCAGGCCAACCGGACCACUGACGCCUCGCAGUCCUCGUGUCUAGAGGACAGUGUGUUUCUGGAGCAAGAGAACGUGCGUGUGGGUCUGCUGUUUGCGUCUAAAGCUCUGGUGCAGCUGAUGGUGAACCCGUUCGUCGGUCCGCUCACAAACAGGAUCGGAUACCACAUCCCCAUGUUCGCUGGGUUCAUCAUCAUGUUCGCGUCCACCAUCAUGUUUGCGUUCUCAGGAACCUACGCUCUUCUCUUCUUUGCUCGCUCUCUGCAGGGAAUCGGCUCGUCCUUCUCUUCGGUGGCAGGUCUGGGUAUGUUGGCCAGUGUGUACACAGAUGAUGAGGAGAGAGGCAUCGCCAUGGGCAUCGCUCUGGGAGGACUGGCUAUGGGAGUCCUGAUCGGCGCUCCGUUUGGCAGUGUGAUGUACGAAUUCGUGGGGAAGAGCGCUCCCUUCCUGAUCCUCGCCUUCCUGGCUCUGUUCGACGGAGCGCUGCAGCUGUGCAUCCUGCAGCCCUCUAAGAUCUGUCCUGGGAGCGUGGAGGGAACGCCGCUGCUGACGCUGCUCAAAGACCCGUAUAUCCUCAUUAGUGCAGGCUCUCUGUGUUUUGCUAACAUGGGCGUUGCUAUCCUGGAGCCGACUCUGCCGAUCUGGAUGAUGCAGACCAUGUGCUCCCCGAAAUGGCAGCUUGGUAUGGCCUUCCUCCCCGCCAGCAUCUCCUACCUGAUUGGAACCAACCUGUUCGGUAUUCUGGCCAACAAGAUGGGACGGUGGCUCUGCUCCAUGGUGGGAAUGUUUAUAGUCGGAGUCAGUCUGCUGUGUGUACCUUUUGCCACCAGCAUCUAUGGUCUGAUUGGACCAAACGGAGGUCUGGGCUUCGCCAUAGGUAUGGUGGACUCCUCUAUGAUGGCCAUCAUGGCUUACCUGGUCGACAUCCGCCACGCCUCCGUCUACGGCAGUGUGUAUGCCAUCGCUGACGUAGCACUGUGUAUGGGCUUCGCUAUCGGACCGUCCACAGGAGGCGCUCUGGUGCAGGCGGUGGGUUUCCCCUGUCUCAUGGUGUUUAUCGGGGUCAUCAACAUCCUGUACGCUCCGCUCUGCUUCCUGUUACGUAACCCUGCUGUCCGAGAGGAGAAGAUGGCAAUCAUCGACCAGGAGUGUGUGAUGCACAGGAAAAGUUACAACACAGAGAAGGAGAGUCGCGACUUUCCUCUGAGCGACUACAGCGAAGAAGAAGAGACGGAAGAGUGA